AUGACGACCGUCAGACGCAGCAAGGCGAUGCCAACUGAUGGCCCUACGGCCAAGUUCCUCUACACAAUCAUCAAGCAAUUGGACUUGAAGUCCGUCAGUCAACCCUUCUUCCUCUUGAACUUCCAGGAGGCGUUGUGGACUGUAGCUAACAAUGUGCCUCCACAGAUCGACUGGAACCUCGUUGCGUCGCAGCUUGAAAUUUCCAACGGCCACGCUGCUCGGAUGCGUUACUCUCGCUUUCGACAGCAAAUGGAAGGAAUCACAUCUACACCUCGCUCCUCUCGCCCCAGGAAGACUCCCGCAAAGACUGGCAAGGGAUUUGCCGGCAAAGCCGAUCUGCAGAAGGACAAGGCGGCCCCCCAGCCGCCAGUGAAGCAAGAAAACGCUGGUCCUGCGUACGAGUCAAACCCCUACAUUAAGGUUGAUCCGUACGGUCAAGAAGUCCAGAAUCUGGCAGAAAUCCCUCAGGCCUCCGCUCAAGUGAUGCAUUCGCAGCCUGUCCAACCGCAGAUGGUCCCAUACACUCCACUGACUGUGGCCCCGGGAACUUUGACCAUGUAUGCGCCUGUCCCUGCUUUCCCGCUCUCUCCGCCUCUGGCCUUUCAUCAGCAGUCUGGUCCAAGCACAUGGGCUCCUGUCAAGACUGAGCCUGAGCCUGAACCCGAGCCGGAAGCCGGAGUCAAAGUGCAUGAUACACCCGUGAAAGUUGAACCGCUCCAGGAAGAACAGUAG